AUCUCUAACUUGUUGGUGUUUUCGCUUUCCUCCCCUGAGCGAGUGACAGGCGAAACAGGAGGCGGAGGAGGCAGGGAGCAGAAGUUUUCCUUAGCUUCGCCUGUUCUUUCUCAUCAUGGAGGCUCGGGGACAUUUCUACCGUGAGGAAAUCAACAGCACGGCGUGGGAAGUCCCGGAGAAAUACACGCGGCUGAAGCAGAUAGGAACUGGGGCGUACGGUACAGUGUGCUCGGCAAUAAACGACAAGAGUAAAGAGAAAGUGGCCAUCAAGAAGCUCCACAGGCCCUUUCAGUCGGAGAUCUUUGCUAAGAGGGCGUACAGGGAGCUCCGGCUGCUCAAACACAUGAAACAUGUGAAUGUAAUAGGACUCCAGGAUGUGUUUACACCUGCCUGCAGCUUGGACAAUUUCCAGGACUUCUAUCUGGUGAUGCCUUACAUGUACACUGACCUGUCAAAGGUGAGGGGUCAGCUCUCUGAAGACAAAGUCCAGUUCCUCGUUUACCAGAUGCUCUGUGGACUGAGGUACAUUCACAAGGCAGGAAUCAUCCACAGGGAUCUUAAGCCUGGAAACCUGGCUGUUAAUCAAGACUGCGAACUGAAGAUCCUGGACUUUGGGCUGGCUCGCAGUACCGAUGCAGAGAUGACGGGCUACGUGGUGACCCGUUGGUACCGGGCGCCUGAGGUCAUUCUGAACUGGAUGCACUACACCCAGACUGUGGAUAUUUGGUCUGUGGGUUGCAUCAUGGCUGAAAUGAUCAACGGAAAAACCCUCUUUAAAGGAAAAGACUACAUGGACCAGCUAUCCCAGAUCAUGAAAGUGUGUGGCGUGCCUGGACAAGAGUUUAUACAGAAGCUUGAAAGUCCAGAGGCCAGAAGUUACGUUAAGAGCCUCCCUCGCCACCCUAGAAAAGACUUCUCAACAUUGUUUCCCAGAGCCAGUGAAACAGGUAUCGACCUGCUUGAAAAGAUGCUGGUUCUGGAUGGAGAUGAGAGGCCCACUGCUGAGCUCGCUCUGGAGCACCCGUACUUUGACAUUCUGCGGGACCCGGAGGACUUUCCUGAGCCUACGCCGUACGACGACAGCCACGACAAUGCAACCAUGUCCCUAGAUGAGUGGAGACGGUUAUGCUACAAGGAGGUGAAUAGCUUUGUGCCAUUUCCACGGCGGGACUCCAAGAGAAAAAACACUCUUACUAUGUCUCCGUGAUGCGACGGACAUGAUGUAACUCCCCUACAAAUACCACACACAGCCAAUGGUGCCCUUGUAUAUUCCUGACUCAAAAUCACACUAUUUCUUUUAUUUUGGAGGUUUUUAGAUUCAGUGUUGACAGUGAUCUAUUUAAAUAAAUACUUCCCCAAUUUCUUUUUGGAAUGUGAACUUAUUUCUUAAAUGUAAAUUGUUACAUGUCCGUGAAUCGUGUUGCAAGUUCAUUGUUCAAAUGCUGCAGGAUUUCCUGUAAGAUUUCAUGUUUUCCGUUUCCCGUUUCCCAAUUAAACAAUAAGACAAUAUCUGUAUAUGUUUUUUUUUUCUUUUUUUUUUUUUCUUUUUGUUGCAUUGUGGCAUCCUUUAUUACGACAAUAUGAUGUAAAUAUUCAGGUACAAAUCUUUUCUGAAUAUGCUUUUAACAAGCCAAGAAUCAAAAUGCUGGGCAUUGAGGCUGCUGGAUUUCUAGAAGGUAAACAGAUACCAUGUAAAUGUACACUAAGCCACCAGUGCAUACUGGAAUUUGUCUAGAAGACACUGUGCCUAAUAACUUUUUAACACUGUUUAAGGCCUUGGUUUUACAAUAAAAAGCAAUUAAAUAAUGUAAA